AGAGGCACCGUUUACCACAGCAUUCAGUCCGGCAGCAUGAGCCGUAAAAACAUCGUCUUUAAACAGUUUGAAACCUAAUUUAGCUAUGCGUCUUUAAUAUGAUGACACCGUGUCUUUGAUUAUGUUAAUCCAUGAAGUUAUCCGUAGCUAAACUGACGGUAAAAGUGAGGUAAACAGUGUUUUGUCGCGGUCUGAACUGCACGUUUAUCCCAGGCCUUUAUGGUAACAAGCUCCGUGUUUUCACACAUUUACUGGGAUUAUUCUGCUGUCAUCGGUCAAAGCUGUCGUGGUCAUGUUCAUUUAUCUCAGCAAGAAGAUCGCUAUUCCCAACAAUAUCCACCUGAAAUGUGUGUCCUGGAACAAGGACCAGGGCUUCAUCGCCUGCGGAGGAGACGACGGUCUCCUGAAGGUCCUGAAGCUGGAAACUCAGACUGAUGAUAACAGACUGAAAGGUUUAGCGGCCCCCAGUAAUCUGUCCAUGAACCAGACCCUGGAGGGACACAGUGGUGCAGUGCAGGUGGUGACGUGGAAUGAGAAGUUUGAGAAGCUGACGACCAGCGACCAGAACGGACUCAUCAUCGUGUGGAUGCUCUACAAAGGUGCCUGGUAUGAAGAGAUGAUCAACAACAGAAACAAGUCGGUGGUGAGGAGUAUGAGCUGGAAUGCUGAUGGUCAUAAGAUCUGCAUCGUGUAUGAAGAUGGAGCGGUCAUUGUUGGCUCUGUAGACGGAAACAGAGUUUGGGGAAAGGAAUUAAAGGGAAUCCAGCUAGCUCAUGUGGCGUGGUCCCCUGACAGCAAGAUCCUGCUGUUCGGCAUGGCCAACGGGGAGGUGCACAUCUACGACAACCAAGGAAACUUCAUCAGGAAGAUGAGCAUCAGCUGUCUCAGCGCGGUGACUGGAAGUGUGUGCAUAGCGGGGAUCCACUGGUAUGCAGGGACGGGGGGUUAUGUGGAGCCAGACUGUCCGUGUCUUGCCAUCUGUUUUGACAACGGAAGGUGCCAGAUCAUGCGUUAUGACAGUGAUGAAACCCCGGUGUGUGUGGACACGGUGAUGAACGUGGUCAGCAUCCAGUGGAACCACUGUGGGAGCGUGCUGGCCGUGGCCGGCUCCCUCCGGGCCGCCAGCAAGGACAAAGAGUUCAACGUGGUGCAGUUCUACACUCCGUUUGGGGAGCAUCUCAGGACUCUGAAGGUUCCUGGGAAGCAGAUGUCGGGCGUUGCCUGGGAGGGGGGCGGCCUGCGCUGCGCCCUCGCUGUAGACUCCUACAUCUACUUUGCCAACAUAAGACCAGAUUAUAAGUGGGGCUACUGCUGCAGCACGGUGGUGUACGCCUACACCACGCCAGAGCGGCAGGAACACUGCGUGGUCUUCUGGGAAACCAAAAACAACGAGAAGUUUGUCAAAUAUGUCAAGAGUUUGAUGUCCAUCACCACCUCGGGGGAUUUCUGCGUCCUGGCCAGCAAGGCAGAUGAAACUCAGCCCCAGGAGGAUGCUGCAAGUGCAACAAGGUACGUGCUGAACCUGUGCAACUCCCUGGGGACUCCCCUGGACACCAAGUACAUCGACAUCGAGCCGAUAUUUGUGACCAUAACGAAGACUCACGUCAUCACCGCUUCAAAGGAGGCCUUUUAUCUGUGGCAGUACAGAGUGGCAAAGAAACUGACCGCCCUGGAAAUCAACCAAGUGACCCGGACCAAGAGGGGAGGCAAGGAGAGGAUCCAUCACAUCGAUAGUCCAGCGGGCGCGGGCGACGCGGCUCCAGAGUCUGCCAAAGCUUUCACUGCGACUCGAGACCCCGUCUGCUGCAUCACAGCGACAGACAACACCCUGGUGGUGGGCCGUGAGUCCGGCAGCGUCCUCAGAUACAGCCUUCCCAACCUGGCCCUGGUGCAGAAGUACAGCCUGAGCAGCCGGGCCCACCACCUCUCCCUGAACUGCAACUCCAGCCGUCUGGCCAUCAUCGACAUCGCCGGCGUGUUGACGCUGUUAGACCUGGAAGUUCAGACGACGACGGCGUCCGCCGGAGAUCCAUCCAGGUUCGAGCGCAAAGACGUCUGGGACAUGAAGUGGGCUAACGACAACCCGGACCUGUUUGCCAUGAUGGAGAAGACCAGGAUGUACGUGUUCAGGAACCUGGACCCAGAGGAACCUAUUCAGACUUCUGGAUACAUCUGUAACUUUGAGGACCUGGAAAUCAAAUCUGUUCUGCUGGAUGAAAUAAUGAAGGACCCCGAGAGGCCGAACAAGGACAACCUGAUCAACUUUGAAAUCCGCUCCCUGAGAGACAGCCGCGCUCUGAUGGAGAAGGUCGGCAUCGAGGACGCUCUGCAGUUCAUCGAGGACAAUCCUCACCCCAGACUGUGGCGUCUGCUGGCCGAGGCGGCCCUGGAGAAGCUGGACCUGAAAACGGCCGACCAGGCCUUCGUCCGCUGCAGGGACUACCAGGGCAUCGAGUUCGUGAAGCGGCUGGGCCACCUGCAGAGCGAGCCCAUGAAGCAGGCCGAGGUGGCCGCCUACUUCAGCCGGUUCGAGGAGGCCGAGAACAUGUACCUGGACAUGGACCGCAGGGACCUGGCCAUCAGCCUCAGGAUCAAACUGGGGGACUGGAUCCGGGUUCUGGGGCUGCUCAAGAACGGUUCUGGGGACUGUGACGACGCUCUGCUCAAGCAGGCGUCCAACGCCAUCGGAGACUACUACGCUGACAGACAACUAUGGGUCAGUGCCCUGCACAACUACGUCCAGAGCUGUAACCAGGAGAAGCUGGCCGAGUGCUACUACAUGCUGGAGGAUUACUCCGGCCUGGAGAGACUGAUGGUGGAGCUGCCGGAGAACCAUCCCCUGCUGUCGGACAUGGGACAGAUGUUCUCCACCGUGGGGAUGUGUGAGCAGGCGGUGGACGCCUACCUGAGGACCAACCAGACCAGAGCAGCCGUGGACACCUGUGUCCACCUGAACCAGUGGAACAAGGCCGUGGAGUUUGCCAGAGCCCACAACAUGAAGGAGAUCAAGUCUCUUCUGUCCAAAUACGCGUCCCAUCUCCUGCAGAAGAAGAAGACCCUGGAGGCGGUGGAGCUGUACCGCAAAGCCCACCACUUCCUGGACGCAGCCGGCCUCAUGUUCAAGGUAGCAGAGGAGGAGGCCAGGAAGAGGAGCCGCCCUCAGCGGGUGAAGAAGCUGUAUGUGCUGGCGGCCCAGCUGGUGGAGAGCUACCACCAGCAGAUGAAGACGCAGCAGAGCGGAGCCCCCGGAGCCACCGGAGCCACCGGAGCCUCUCAGGCGACGUCGGUGCUGGCCGGCCUGCUGGAGGAGGACGCAACGUCUCCAGCCCGGGUCCUGGACCAGGCCUGGAGGGGGGCGGGGGCCUACCACUACUUCCUGCUGGCACAGCGGCAGCUGUACGCCGGCUGCACCGACCACGCCACGCGCACAGCCCUGCACCUGUGUGAGUACGAGGACAUCAUCCCUGCGGUGGAGAUCUUCUCUCUGCUGGCCGUGUGCUCUGCAGCCGACCGGGCCUUCGGCGUGUGCUCCAAGGCCUUCAUGAAGCUGGAGUCCCUGGACGGGCUGAGUCCCGAGCAGCGGCAGCUCUACGAGGACCUGGCCCUGGACAUCUUCACCAAGCACCCCCCGAAGAACCUGCGCGGGGUCCAGACGGACGCCUCGCUGGACGGGUUAGAGGGGAAGCUCCCCACAUGCAUCGUGACGGGCCGGCCCAUUACGGAGUACCAGUUCUGGAUGUGCAGUGUGUGUAAACACUGCGCUCUGGAGCAGGAGAUCAGGAAAUACAGCUACUGCCCACUCUGCCACAGCCCGGUGGCCUGAGGAGCCUGAGGAGAGGCCUUCAGGUGCUGGUGGAGCAUCAUCCACGUACCAACUCACGGACCAACUCACGUACAAACUCACGUACAAACUCACGUACAAACUCACGUACGGACACACGGACCAACUCACGUACAAACUCACGUACAAACUCACGUACAAACUCACGUACAAACUCACGUACAAACUCACGUACAAACUCACGUACAAACUCACGUACGGACACACGGACACACGGACCAACUCACGUACAAACUCACGUACGGACACACGGACACACGGACCAACACACGUACAAACUCACGUACAAACUCACGUACGGACACACGGACCAACACACGUACAAACUCACGUACAAACUCACGUACGGACACACGGACCAACACACGUACAAACUCACGUACAAACUCACGUACGGACACACGGACCAACUCACGUACGGACACACGGACCAACUCACGUACGGACACACGGACCAACUCACGUACGGACACACGGACCAACACACGUACAAACUCACGUACAAACUCACGUACAAACUCACGUACGGACACACGGACCAACUCACGUACAAACUCACGUACGGACACACGGACCAACUCACGUACGGACACACGGACCAACUCACGUACGGACACACGGACCAACUCACGUACGGACACACGGACCAACACACGUACGGACACACGGACCAACUCACGUACGGACACACGGACCAACACACGUACAAACUCACGUACGGACACACGGACACACGGACCAACACACGUACAAACUCACGUACGGACACACGGACACACGGACCAACACACGUACAAACUCACGUACAAACUCACGUACGGACACACGGACCAACUCACGUACAGACACACGGACCAACACACGUACGGACACACGGACCAACUCACGUAUGAACUCACGGCCUCCUGGCGUCGCUGUGCGUCGCUGCGCUGGAGCCUCCUGGGGACACUCCAGGACCACAACUACCUUCGGACUAUUUUUACGCUGUCUGCAGGAAAUAAACGUACAU